AUGGGGAGAAGAUUGCGUGUUAAUAUGAUUAAUUCACUGAUUCUCGUAGCGUUUUCUAUUUUCUCACAAACUGAAAUGUCUACUCGAGAAGAAUUCUUUGAACUUUCUUCGCCUCUCGACUUCAGGCCUGAUUCCAAUCUUCCGACACGUAAGUAUUUAUGUCGAACACCUGGAAAAUAUAUUUAUAUCAUAUUAUUUGUUAUUUUAAUGCUAUUACUUGGGAUUUGGUUUCUUAUUUGGAGUUUUGAUACAGUGGAAAAGAAAAGUCGCACAUCAACUAUUCAACCAAAAAUUGAUCCAACUUCAACAGUAUCGAAUUGCAAUAAACGGGUUGUUGGAUAUUAUUCCCGAUCAGAAACUUCUAAGAUCACAAGUGUACAGGUUUCCAAGUUAACACAUGCAGUUUUUGCAUUUGUUUAUAUGAACUCUGAUGGAACAUUGAAAUUCGAAAAGCAAGAUGAAGAGGAUAGAUUUAUGCAAUUGAAAGAUAUCGUAAAUAUGGGCACUUCUCCGGUGAAAAUCAUGAUUUCCAUUGGAGGCAAGGAAAAUUCACAGAAUUUUUCGCCGGUAAUAGAAAGUGAAUACAGGAGACAAAUCUUCAUAAAUUCUAUAUUAACUUUUCUAAAAGAGAAUGAUUUGGAUGGAAUUGAUUUGUUUUGGGAGUGGCCAUGUUCUACCUAUAAAUCUGUAUAUUUACAUUUCAUUUGUGAGUUGAAGCAACAAUUGCAAACAAAAGACAAAGAUUAUAUUCUAUCAAUUGUCGUGCCACCUCCUGAAGUUGGAGGAUGGAUAGAUGGGUUUGAUAUGAAUAAUAUUGUUCAAAUCGUUGAUUUUAUAAAUGUAUUUUCACUGGAUUAUUAUGGACCUACGCAAAAUGAUUUUGGAAAAAUCACAGGACCAACUGCACCGAUGUUCAAUGGUGUUCCAGGGAGAGAAACAUUUAAUGUUGAUCACACAUCGAAAGUAUUGUCUUGUGAAACAAUGCAAUCAAACAAAUUCAAUAUUGCAAUCCCAUUUUACACAACACUUUGGGAAAAUGUUCAAGGUCCCAUCGAUAAGAUAGAAAUAUUCAGAAAUGUCAACAAAGUUCAUGGAAAAAUAGUUGGCCAAUCUCAUAUGUCUCGAAUGAUUGUUCAACAAAAAGGUUUUGUUCUCACUCCGUAUUCAUUUGAUAACGCCACAAGAAACGCAUUCAUAUACAAUUCGUCAACCAAAAUAUACCUAACUUUUGAAACGGAUCAAAGUAUUGUGGCAAAGAUCGAGUAUGUCAGCGAGCAUCUGUUGGGUGGUAUUUGCAUUUGGACAGUGGAUAAGGAUGAUGAAGGAAAUAGUCAAUUGAAUGCCAUCUCGUUUGAUGGAUUAUGCACUACAGGAAAUGUGCCAAAGUACGACUGUUCGUAUUGGAAUGGUAACACACUUCCACCAACUCAAUGUAAUUUGACUAUGAAUUAA